AUGCUCGCUGAUGGUUUCCCGGUCCGAGAAGACCUCAGAGCUCUUUGGCAUUUACAACGUACGGUCAAGGAGGAGGUCUGCACGGAGUGCUCCAACGCUGCGGCCGAUGAUGCAUUUUUCGCCUGCAUUGACAGCAAGCACCUCAGCAUUACCUACGACGUUUGCGCCGCCAACGAAGAGUUUGUGUGCUGCUUCAACGAAGCGACGGGAAUUGAUUGCUUAGGCGACCCGGUUACGCGUGCACUCUUCGAAUGCAUGUUCGGCAAGUCCAACUUGUGCGAGGAAAAGUGGGCAUGCGGCGGCGCCAGUGCUGGUGACGACCCUCCCACCACGUCGGCGUCCGGCUCCACAGCCUCGUCGCACCCAAGGCCCCCUUCCUAUACCCGGUUUGCCGGAUCAGAUACGACCCAAACCAACGCCACUGCCCCGACAAGGAGCCCGGUGUCCACUUGGUCAGAUCGGAAUAUGAACCUCCCUACUGCGGAGUUACCCGUUACGUCCCAAUCGGUGGCAGCCACGUUUACUGCUUCCCCUACGGCUUCUCCUACGGCUUCCCCUACGGCUUCCCCGGCGGCUUCCUCUACCCCGGCAUCGCCCUCUACAUCCCAGGUGGCGACUACCACGUCUUCUGGAGGAGCUCCGGCCGGCCCGAUCGUGGGCGGCGUAGUGGGCGUGCUGGUACUUGGUGGGAUCAUCAUGGUCGCUGCGAUCAAGACUGGGCGUCUCAAGAGCUGCAGCAAUGGCACCACUCCGAAUGCUGCUAUCCCUGUUGGUGGGGCGCCCGCGGCGCCCCAGACAUCAGGCGUCCAGCCUGUGGGUGCUUCUGGUGACUCUGCCACCCAAUAUCCCGUAGCUCACCAGUACCCAGUAGCUUAUCAGUAUCCCGAAGCCCUGUAA